CGCCCCGGCGGUCGUCUCUUCACCACCCACAUCUUCGGCGAGCGAACCGUCUUCUCCGCCGACCCGGAGUUCAACCACCUCGUUCUCGCCGGCGAAGGUCGCAUCUUUGAGGGAAGCUACCCCUCUUCUAUCUCCACUCUCCUCGGCCGCCAUUCUCUUGUUCUCAUGAAGGGCAAGCUUCACAAGCGCAUGCACUCUCUUACCCUCACCCGCUUCGCAUCCCCAGCCGUCAUCCGCGCUUCUCUUCUCCCCGACAUCGACCGCGUUGUCCGGCGCAACCUUAGGUCUUGGCCCGCUUCUCUGCGGCUUCUCGAUCAGGCUAAAAAAAUCACUUUUGAGCUCACGGUGGAGCAGCUUGUCAGCGAGGGGCCGGGGGAGUGGACGGAUGAUCUUCGCCGCCAUUAUAAUGCUCUCAUUGAUGGCUUUUUCUCUCUUCCACUACCCUCUUUCCUUUCUUUUACUACCUACGGCAGGGCAAUCAAGGCGAGGAAGAAGGUGGCGGAGGAACUGAUGAAACUGGUGAGGAGGAGGAAGGAGGAGAAGAUUGUCGUCGAAAAGGGAAAAAAGAAGGACAUGGUGGAUGAGCUGCUCGAUGCGGACGAUCGAUUCACGGAAGAGGAAAUAGUUGAUUUCCUUCUUUCCUUAUUUGUAGCCGGCCAUGAGACCACGCCGACGAUCAUGACUCUCGCCGCCAAAUUUCUAGCUGAGAAUCCCUCCACCUUCGUCCUCCUCAAGGAAGAGCACGAUGAGAUACGGAGGAAGAAGAUGGGCGAUUUCGAAGCAUUGGAUUGGAACGAUUACAAGUCGAUGCCUUUCACACAAUGCGUCAUCAACGAGACUCUCCGCGUCGCCAAUAUAAUCGGCGGCGUGUUUCGCCGCGCCGUCGCCGAUGUUCAUUUCAAAGGUCUUCAUUUCUACUCC